AUGGGAACAGUGGUAAGAACUGGAUCCAGGGUCCUGGUCGCGGUGGCCUGUCUGCUCCUAGCAUUCCCUGCCACAGCCCCUGGGUUGGAGGUCGCUCAGCCUGAAGUGGACACCACCCUGGGCCGCGUUCGAGGCUGGCAGGUGGGCGUGAAGGCCACAGACCGCCUUGUAAAUGUCUUCCUGGGCAUCCCAUUUGCCCAGCCACCAUUGGGGCCUGGCCGGUUCUCAGCCUCGCGCCCAGCGCAGUCCUGGGAGAGUGUGCGAGAUGCCAGCACUGCCCCCCCAAUAUGCCUUCAAGAUCCGGAGAGAAUGAACAACGGCAGAUUCAUGCUGAACAGAAAGCACCAGAUCUUCCCUAUUUCGGAGGACUGCCUGAUCCUCAACAUCUACAGCCCGGCUGAGGCCACUGCAGGGGCCGGGAAGCCCGUCAUGGUAUGGAUCCAUGGGGGCGGUUUCAUGGUUGGCGCUGCCACCUCCCAGGACGGGUCAGCCCUGUCUGCCUACGGAGAUGUGGUAGUGGUCACAGUCCAGUACCACCUGGGGUUCCUUGGCUUCUUCAGCACUGGGGACAAGCAUGCACCUGGCAACUGGGGCUUCCUAGAUGUAGUGGCUGCUCUGCGCUGGGUGCAGGGGAACAUCACCCCCUUCGGGGGUGACCCCAACUCUGUCACCAUCUUUGGCGGAUCUGCCGGUGCCUGCAUUGUCUCUGCCCUGGUUCUGUCCCCGCUGGCUGCAGGGCUGUUCCACAGAGCCAUAGCACAGAGUCGAGUCAUCACCAUGCUGGGGUUACUGGAUUCUGACCCAUGGCCCCAGGCUCAGAGCUUCGUGGACUUCUUGGCCUGCAGCUCUAAUUCCUCGGCUGAGAUGUUGCCGUGCCUUCGGCAGAAGGCAGACAAGGAGUUGAUCCCUCCCAAGAUGUCGAGAAUUGUAGCUUCCUACACCAUUGAUGGCAACUUCUUUCCCAAGAACCCCAAGGAGCUCCUGAGGGAGAGGCAGUUCCACUCUGUGCCCUUCCUCCUGGGUUUCAACAAUCAUGAGUUUAGCUGGCUCAUCCCCAGAGGCUGGGGUUUCCUGGACAAGAUGGAGCAGAUGAACCUGGAGGACAUACUGACCACCUUGAGGCCCAUGUUCAGCACUCUGGAUAUGCCCGCUGAGGUGAUGUCCACCAUCAUAGCCGAAUACCUAGACAGCAGAUCAGAUGUACAAGGCAAAUGCGAGGUCUUCCAGGAACUGUUGGGCGACAUUAUUAUAAACUUUCCCAUCUUGAAUUUCUCAAGAAACCUCCGAGAUUCUGGGGUCUCCGUCUUUUUCUAUGAGUUCCAGCACCGACCCAGUUCUUUUGGGAAGAUCAAGCCGGCCUGGGUGAAGGCUGACCAUGGGGCUGAGAUUGCCUUCGUUUUCGGGGGUCUCCUCACGGAUGAGCGCUCCUUACUGGCCUUUCCAGAAGCCACAGAGGAGGAGAAGCAGCUGAGCCUCACCAUGAUGGCCCAGUGGACCCACUUUGCCCGGACAGGGAAACCCAAUGGCGAAGGGCUGCCUCCCUGGCCCCCAUUCAACCAGUCAGAGCGAUACCUGGAAAUCAGCGUGGUGCCACAGGUCAGCGAAAAGCUAAAGGAGGCCCAAAUGCGGUUCUGGGAAGAGACAUUUUCCACCAAGCUCUGGCAGUGGCAGCAGAAGCAGAAGAAUAGGAAGGCCCAGGAGGAGCUCUGA